AUGUCAAGAAGUCGCCUGCUGCCGAUCGCCGUGGCUCCUCGUCGUGGCCGCUACAACCGGAAAGAUGCGCCAGACGCCGCCCUGAUUGGUCUUGGACGAAUUGACAAGAAUGUCAAGUUUAAAGUUCCAACGCAAGAAGAAAUGAAGAAACUUCUUGCUGUCUACACGAGCAGAAUGUCGCUCGCUACAAACGUCGGCAUUCAACAACUUGCGGCGCAACUAAAAGAGCACAGCACACUACAGUCGUGCCAACUGCUACCGCUUAGAAGCUUUUUUUUAUGCUUACUCCACUGA